AUGUGGGGUUCCAGCAGAGACUUGUGUUCCCCUGAACAGCCCAGAGCCAGUUCACUGAGUCCCAAUGACAGACUGUCUGUACUUUGUUCAGGUUUGGAGGGGAAAGAUGGGGUCAGCCUUUCUGAGGCAUACGGACUGAGAGUGAAGUGGUUGCCCAAAGGAAAAUCUAGUGCUGAAUUCAAUUUUGGAUGUCCUAACCAAAACCAGCUCUUGUCCCCAAACAGGAAGCAAAGGAAAAACCACACCAGCCAACUGCAAGAGCUGGCAUUGCUGCUACCCGUGGCCCUGAAGACUGGCAACAAGAAGCUCACCAAGAAGGAGAUUCUGCUGCAUGUCCUGCACUACAUUCAGUACCUCCAGAGAAGCAUCGAUGUGGCCAAGGCCCUGCUCAAAUUCCAUACCAGUGCCAGAGAAGAUGGACUUGGGGGGCUGGGUCGGAACCCAGCCAGGCGGAGACACUCUACUCCUUCUAGCUCCCCGUGCUGUCGAAAGUCCCAUCUUCGGGGGGCCUGCCAGAAACCUCGGAAGAAGAAACUGACCAGAGUACCAGAACGCCAGACUUGGACCCAGAAGCCUCGCCGCUCUCUGGCCCUGGACAAGCCUGAGAAGCUGGUGACCCCAGACCAGAAAGGAGGAAACAUGGGGGGGACCGCCCCCCCUCCAAGAUCCCCUCACUCCUGCAGUCACCAUAAGGCUGCAUCGUCCUUGUCUCAAGGUGGUAGAAAUGGAGGACAGUCCCACCUGACGUUCCUGGAUAUGGCUGAGAGCAUUGUCCACUGUGACAUCUUAAGCUGCUGUUGCGGAAACAGUAUCCAUGACGAUGGGCCUUAUCCUCCUCUUGGGGAACAGGAAGGUGCUGAGAGCAUCCAUUUUCUCACCAAGACACAGCCCUGUUCCGGGCAGAAGCUGUUGCUCUACAAUUCCGGUGAGGAGGUGGAUAAGAAGUCUCUUGAAGCUGACCCUUGGCUUCCUGUCUGGACCCUACAGGACAGUCCCCAUGGGAGCCCGCUGCCCUUGGGGCCUCCGAAGAUUGAUACCUGGAGUGUGAUGGGCAACCCGAUUGAGAUCCUAGGACUCAGCCCUUCCCUCUUCAGCUCCCCGGGCAAACUGCUGCCAGAACAGAUCUUGGAGGAUGGCGCUGAGUAUCUGACUGAAGAUCUCUUCGAGGAAGUGUACUUAUAUCCUGAGUCUCCAGCUUCUGCCUGCAUGCCUGAGGCAUCCCAGAAGGACAUACCAUCUGAGGCUCUGGAAGACCCUCCUGACUCCCACAGCCUGUGCCAGUCCUUGAUCUCGGUAGACCACUGCUACCUCUCUCUGAGUGAGAACAGCAAGGUGCCGUCCAGCUCUAGCUCAGAGGACAGCGACACAGAGUCCAUGUGGACGCAGCAAGAGGACAUGUGCGCCAACCCCCAGGGCUUGCAGACCUCCAGUGAUGAGGAUGGAGACUAUACGUGGACCCCCACCCGGCAGGCCUCAACCCUGUCUGCAGCCGGGAGAAAGGCCAGGAAUGGCCGAGCAGGCAGGGGCCCUGUGAAGCCCAAGGAGAGCAAGAAAGCCUCCUGCCCCACCCAGACGAAGAAAAAGUGUGUCAACGGUUUCAUCAUGUUUUGCAGGAUGAACCGGAAGCAAUACAUCCGAGCCUGCCCUGGGACCGCAUCCACGGCUGCCACCAAGGAGCUGGCCCAGCUGUGGCGUGUGAUGACCCAGCAGGAGCGGAGACCGUAUUGCAUCAAGGCUCGAAGAUUCAGCCGCCAGCACAACCGCAUCGUGAAGCAGGACAACUCCAGCAGUGAUGAGGACGAUGACUGGGAGAUGCCCAAGCCCUUCUACCAGCUGCUGGCUGAGAAGGCUCGCUGUGCCUCAGACACGGCCUCACUGCCACCCCCCUCACCAUGGCUCUCGCUUGAAGCCAGGAGAGCUUGUCCCCUCCUGGGCAUUGAGCCCAGCGAUGGCGAUGCAGGUCUGCGUGGCCAGUUCCCACAGGGCCUGCAGAGGGAUGUAGUUACUGCUCUGCCGCUGCCCUGCUCAGGCAGAGCUGCCCCCUCAUAG